CACCUUAACUUGUGAAACACAAAGUCUACAGUUGAAUCUCAGCACUCUUUUCAUUUCUUUUUUAUGGAAUGCAACCCAAUUUCAGUAGCUCAAAUAAGUGAACAAGUUAGUCGAGGGACAAGCUUUCCACGUAAAUGAGAAUUAUCUUGCUUCUUAUAGGAAAUUUGGGAUAAUGAAAUCUCAUGUGUUCACAUUUCACAAUUUGUAAGAUCUUCUAAUAGGUGUCUUCAUAAGUGUGCUGAAUGUUGUUGUAAUGUUGAUGAAAUCUCAUUAGGCUUCCUCCCGAAAUGGCAGGACAACGUGUACUAUUUUUUUUUUUUCGCAAUGGAGAGCACGGGGCGUGCACGAGGCAUGCACGGGGCGUGCAUUGGCCAUGCAUCGGCUGUGCAUUGGCCGUGCAUUAGGUGCGGGUUCCAUUUGCACACACUCAGUAUCUAUUGUAGUUGAACCAUCAACUCAAUUAUUGCCUUAGUCCCUCGAGCAAGAGGUCGAACCAUCAACUCAACCAUUGCCUCAGUCCCUCUCGAGCAAGAGGUCAAACCAUCAACUCAACCACUGCCUCCUCCUCCUCCCCUCCAAGUCCACCUCGAAAUUGAAACAUCAACACAACCAUUGCCUCCUCCUCAUCCUCCUCCCUCCGAGGCGGAGCUCGUCUACUUCUCAAAGCGAGCUUAGUGGCUCCGCACUGCCAUGAUGGGUGCGAAUGACGGCGUGAUCGCAACGGUGUCGCUCAGGAUGGGCGUCGACACCAUCAACAAGGACAGCAUGAUUAUGGCAAUAUAUAGAGCGCUAGGGACUGAUUGUUGGGCUUGCACCAUGGUCUUCGGGGAGCUCGUAUCGGUUUACUCCCAGUACGAUAUUGAGGUGGCCUGGAUUCAAAGAGAGGACAUGAACAGAAUCGUAGAAGCUGAGGAGAGGGAUGCAAGCAAGGAGAAGCUACCAAGCCCAUGGCAAAUGGCGAGGGCAUCCGCACUGACCUCUGCAGUGGAGGUGUUGGUACCGCUCCUAGCAGCUGCGUUCAUUGAUGAUUACAAGUUGAGGCUGUGGACGCUGAUAGUGGCGGUAAGCAUAGCGUUGCUUGGGUUUGGCGCUUUGAGCGCAAAGCGAGGAAAGUGCCGGUGGUGAAGUCCCGCUUCUGGGGCACUGCUCGGAGGUUGGUUGGCUAUGGGCAUCACCUACGGUGUGACCAAGAUGAUUAAUGGUCUAUAGUAAAUCGAGCAUAAAUAGUGUUUCCUUUUAUUCUCGAGAUCUUUUUCUCAUGGUGUAUUUUACAUGGAUGUAAUCUUAUCGGACUACACAAUUUGGGUUGAAAACAAGAGGCCAGAGUCCAUGGGGUACGUAUGCUAUUAUUUAAUGAAAAAUACAUGUUUAUCAGGUUU